AUGCCACAACUGCCUGUGCCCGCAGCGGCGGUGAGAAACGGCCACGGCCAUUCUGCCGACUGCGGGCGCGUUCUACUGGCGGCCGCUCUUGGAGCGCACUCAAAGCUUUCACCAGCAAAUCAGUCGAAGCUUGUGCCUGUGUCUCCUACUUCGCCGUAUUCCCCGUGGCAGAACAGCUCCGAAGGAACUCCAGGGAGGCGAGUAGCUGACGAGUGUCUGGAGGAUGGAGAAUCGGAUCAAGUCAAGAACGAUGCAGAGGAGCACAAGGCCGGUUUUGGCUGGUACCUGAUCCGCUCUGCUUUAAAUGGCCUUCGAUCUCCUAGCAAGCAAGAUGCUGACCAGGAGGAGCAGGAGCAGCCACGCAUACAGAAAGACCACAGCCUGGACCUGAUUGAAACCAUGGAGGAGGGCCAUGCCCACGAAAUCACAAGCGAUUUUGUCGUGCCUCUGCGGAGAUCCAGCAAGCUGUGGCGAUUUCGAGUUGUCCGCUCCGAGGACAAACUGUCGGCACGCCUUAUCACUGAUGCAGGUGAUUUUCUGAUGCACGCCAGUGUUCGCUUGGAGGCAUCUCGCGUGGACUUCCACCUCUACGAUCCCAGUCAGAAGGAUCUUUUCAAUCCGGCAAAGCCUGCAUUUACGAUGGGUUUUAACUCGUCCAGAGAUGAGUGGAGACUAGUCGCAGAGCGGUGCCAGGCAUGUCAGUAUGUGCCACCCCACCUCUCCUGUGCAACUCACGGCAAGCAGCAGGUGGCUGUCAUCAAGCAUCGCCAAGCUUCUGUCGGAGAAGGCAUUUCAAACAUUAUGGAGGUGCGGAUACCGGGCCUUUAUCAAAAUGAUACGAGCGUGAUUUGGUGCCCGAUGCUGGGCAUGCCUGACUUGGCUGAAGCUGAACUCAGCAAUGAGAUGCAGCAGCUCAUUACCCGGAAACCGGUGUGGAAUGAGAAGGUGCAAAGCUUGGUCUUGGAUUUCAAGGGUCGCAACAUCGUCUCCUCGGCUCGGGGGCCAAGCGGUCAUCGUGCGCGACAGAACCAGCAUAAAGCAACCCUUGACAUCCCUUGGCUCGACAAUGAAUACGGUUCUGAAUACGCGAAAGUUGCAGCACUCCGCAAGUUGCGUGACAAGCAGCUGGCGAAGGAGCAAAGCCGGAAAGAAGACAGGAGUACGGCUGUCACAGACACUUCCGAGGAGCAAUGCAUUCCCGAAGACUCCGCCCGGCAGGCAUCGCAGCCGCAGCCGAAGCAAAUCGAAGAUUCGAAAGAUGCCGACGCUUUCUUCUGCAACGGCCACUGCUACGAGCGCGGAUUGUAUGGCUGCGAGAUGAAUCUCGAGGUUGCUGCGAGGUUGUACAGGCUCGCAGCUGAGAAGGGACACACUGUCGCACAGUGGCGGCUUGGAGAGCUUCUCGAGUCCGGCUUGAACGGCCAAAAGCCCAACGAUGCAAGAGAGGCCUUGCAUUGGUACACCUUGGCCGCACAGAGCGGAAAUGCAGAGGCGCUGGCGCUGCUGUUGGAAGAUGGCGCCGAUGGAGUUGAACAAGAUCCGGCAGCUGCUUUGACGUGGCAUUUGGCAGCCGCAGAAAAAGGAAAUGCAGUGUCGCAGUACUGCGCGGCUUGCAGGCUGUCCAGUGGCGGCGACGUUGAAGCAGCGCACCAUUGGCUGCAGCUCAGCGCAGAUCAGGGCUUCCGGCCAGCAAAGCAAGUUCUGGAGGAAGCUGAGCUCAGCACUUUACCAGGAAAUUCCACCGGCCGAGGCCACCGGGAUUUGGCAGACCUGACCUCGACAGCCUCCGAUGGUGAAGACCUCGUCGGCCUGGCCAUGCGCAUAGCUCACCAGCUUAAAGGGCUUCAGGACGACGAAGAAGCAGCACAGCUGCUGGAGGAGCUGCUGAAUGAUUGUCCAAGUCUGGUGGACUCAGCAGGCGACGCCAUGUCGGAGGCAGCAAGCUCCUGA